AUGACCGCGGACUGGAAAGAAAAAGCAGCUGCCAAAAGGGCAGAGGUUCAUAAAGGCAUACCCCAGGAAUGGAUUCUACCUUCGUCUGUGCUGGACAACUAUGACGAGAAUCAGAGUGUCUCCGUCCUUGAGAUACCUCGCAGAUUUCUGUCUGAUAGUGAAUUAGCUAUCACUGAAAAUUAUUCAGCUUCUGAGCUUCACAAUGCAAUUGUAAGCGGAAAACUGACAAGUCUGGAGGUCACCACAGCUUUUUGUCAUCGUGCUGCUAUUGCAACACAGCUGACUAACUGUUGUACUGAAAUAAUGUUUGAGUACGGAAUUGAAAGGGCCAAAAUGCUAGACAACUACCUGGAAACGCAUGGCAAACCAAUCGGCCCUCUUCAUGGAGUUCCAGUGUCUUUGAAGGACUCAUUCAACAUACCUGGCUACGAUUCCACUAUUGGUUAUGUUUCGUUCAUUGGAAAUGCACCCAAAACUAAAAGUAGCUUUGCAGAAUUCCUCGAGGACAACGGAGCAGUCUUUUAUGUGAAAACUAACAUCCCACAAACGUUGAUGACUGCAGACUCCGAGAACAACAUCUUCGGUCGUACACUAAAUCCUAGUGAUCUUUCUCGCACAGCUGGUGGAAGCUCUGGGGGUGAAGGAGCUCUGAUCAAACUCCGUGGAUCUAUUUUGGGCAUUGGAACGGAUAUUGCUGGUUCUAUUCGUAUUCCCGCAUUAUGCAAUGGUGUUUACGGAUACAAGCCAUCUUCUAAGGUAAUUCCGUUUGAAGGUCAGACUUCUCCAGACGUGCCAGCGUACAUUGGCGUUGACCCUUGUGCUGGUCCACUGGCAACUAACUUAGAGGAUAUCACCAUGCUUACUGAUAUUCUUUCUGACUCUGAUCCAACCAGGUACGAUCCCAAUUCAAUGAAGAUUGACUGGAAAAGACCAAGUACCGACAAACUGCAAAUAGGUCUCUACCUUGGUGGACAAAAUGAUACACCACCAGCUGACGAAAUUUCUUCUCCGAUCUUAAAACUCGGACAAAAGCUAGCAGCAAUGGGCCAUAAUGUGAUUGAUCUGUCUGCCGUUGAAUCUAAUUUACCGUCACUAUUUGACGGUUGGGAGCUGGCCGUAAAGCUAUACGGAAUUAACCCAGAUUCAGAGACCAUGCAAUAUAUUUUCAAAUCUGGUGAGCCCUGCAUUGCCUCUUUGAUGGCAAGCUUGCCACCAAAACCUGAAAGUCCUCACAACGAUAUUCCAGAUGAGGUUCCUACCGUCCGUGAUGCCAUCAAGGCUAAAAAACAGCAAGCCGAAACCAGACAGAGAUGGUUUGAUAUUUUUGGGGCCCACAAAUUAGAUAUACUUCUCACUGCGGGAGCGCCCUAUGUUGCUCCGGCCCAUGACACAUAUGGGCCUGCGCCGUAUACAGCAAUGUGGAACAUUGUCGACUUUCCUGCUCUCAUUAUUCCGUUGGAAAAUCCAGUUGGUCAUCUGCCAGCUCAUGUUCAAGUUGUCGCACCGUGGCUUAAGGAUGCCAAACUUUUGGCCUCUGCUACAGUCAUUCAAAAAAGCCUUAGUGUUAAGUAG